AUCACAACCACCACCAUCUCUCUGUCUUCCUAUUGAUCUACUUGUUUCGCGUUGUCCUCUUCUUCUUCCUUUCUCAACUCUUGUCUUCCUAUUGAUCUACUUGUUUUGCGUUGUCCUCUUCUUUUUCCUUCCUCAACAAUAAUAGCCUCAAUCCCUAAAAACACCCUAGUAGCAAAGAGUGUAAAGUAGGGCCAUUAUUUUAGGGAAAGCAUCUCCUCUGCGAAGACAUUUUCAACCGCAACGGGCGUUGCUUUGGCUCGUGGAGGAAGGUUUCCUGUUAUUCGUUGACCUUAGUCACGUUGCCUUCAUGCUAUUAAUCAUGUUAAUUUACUUUACUACCCCCUAUUUUACCCAUGAAAAGACAACUUCAUCCCUAGAUAAAACAUCACAAGUUUAUCAGGCUGAUGAACUUGUAUUUUCUCAGAGUUUACCCAAAUAAAUUUAGGUCAGGCCCAAUAUACUUUUGUUUAUCGUCUUCGUCUUCUUCUUCAUCUUUAAACCCUAAACCUCUGCAUUCUGCAAAAUACACCAAAUUCCGCCAUUGAUAAACUCUCAACCUUAGCUAAAAACAGGGCCAAAAAUGCAGCUCUUCGACCUUAACAUUCCAUAUUCAGAAUCAAAUAAACAAACUCGCUUGAAGUUAGUUGUCAAAGCAAUGGAAUUAGGUUAUUCUGGAAUCGCUUACAAUCGUUCAAUCAAAGGUGUAAUGUCGGAAUCCGACCGUUGCACAAUUUCUCCAUUUCCUCUUUUCUCUCUCCUCAAGGCCUCUCCUUUUCUCGCCUCAACUGUUUCCUUUCAUCGUCGUCUCCUCGGAGUUCCCGAAAAGUCUGCGUUUCGUCAGUACACUCGUUUGACAAUGUUGGUUGAAACAUCUACUCAAGUUUCUGCUUUGAAUUCGGGUAAUCCGAUUCUCAAGACUUAUGAUUUGAUCGCUGUUAGACCUUUGAAUCAGAAUUCUUUUGAUAUUGCUUGUCAAUCAUCUCAGGUUGAUUUGAUUUCGAUUGAUUUUGCUGAUAAGUUGCCGUUUCGACUGAAGCUUCCUAUGGUUAAAGCUGCUAUUGCGCGAGGGGUGUACUUUGAGAUUAUGUACUCAAGUCUCAUGCAGGAUGUUCAACUGAGGAGGCAAAUGAUAUCCAAUGCCAAGUUAUUGGUGGAGUGGACUCAAGGCAAGAACUUAAUUGUAUCCAGUGCUGCCCCUUCGGUUCUUGAGCUUAGAGGUCCAAAUGAUGUGACUAAUCUAUUAUCGUUGCUUGGGCUUUCAAAUGAGUGUGCGAAAGCAACUAUAUCUAAAAAUUGCAGACUGUUACUAACCGAUGGUAUAAGGACAAAGCAGUUUUACAAAGAGGCAAUGAGAGUUGACUUGAUGCAGCCUGGAGUGCAAACUGGUCAUAAAGAGCCUUGGAUUGUUGAUCAUGUUGAUUGGGACCCAAUUUCUAGUGGUGAAGGUGAUUUGUUUUUAGAUGAUAUGGAUAAAGCAUUUGCCGAGUCUGGAAAAAGUUCCAAAACCAUUAAAUGCAUUGAUUCUUCUUCUAUUGAUGAUCAUAUGCCAUCACAUGGUUUAAAAUUAAACGACACAAGUUUUAGAACGGAGGGUAAACAACGUAUGUCCACCAACUUUACAAAAUGUCUGUCAACUUCCAAGGAUCUCGAGGUGUCCAAAAAGACUGAGAAAUUGCAUAGUGAGCCAACUUCUUUGUGCAGCAUGGAUCAACAGGGCAAUGCUGCUGAAAACUCUAAGCAAGCAGUUCUGCCCAAAUCUCUGCUGGCUUGCAAUAAUGAUGAGGAUGGCAGUAUUUAUUCAGUAAUAGCUCUACAAGAGUUGAAGAGCUCUGAUGCACUUGAAACCACUACCUCUCCACUUUUACAUAAAUUAGAGCUGCAGGAUCACGUUAAUAAUGCAGAAAAUGUGUUCAGUGAUUGUAUGAAGGAAAUUAUCUCAAAAGAUGAUGGUUUGGAUGUGGGCUGUAUUGCUGGUUCAAGGAAGGAGGUUUUAAUGAAAUCUGAGGGUCUUAAUUGCAAUGGUUUACAGACUGAUGAAUUGAUGUUAGCUUCUGAUGUGUUGAACAGUACAGAUGCUGAGAUCUCAACUGAUAUGCAAUCCUUUGAUCAGUCAUAUAUAACACACAUUUCUAAAUCAUCUUUAGAUGGAAAACCUCUGGAGCCACAAGAAGAUUCAGUAACAGACAAAAACUUGACUUCACCUGCAAGAAAUGUGAUGGAUUUGGACUCAUUUAAUGAGAGAAACAGUAGUGAUUAUUUACUACAUUGUGACCAGCAACCACUGGAAGAGGUGGAAGAAAUUAAGGAGCAUAAGGGAGAUCACACUGAAGUCAAAACUUACUCUGAAGAGUUUAUAGUUGCCGAUACCAUGCUACCAUUGGAUCCUCACCAGCAUGAAAAAAAUGGAAAUGAUCUUUUAGUUGCAAAAUCCAUGUUUUCAGAUGACAUGAUGAAAUGCAGAAAACACGUACAAGAGGUUGGUGAAGCUGAUCAUGAAUCUUUGGGCAAAAAUGGAUUAGGUAAUCAUAAGGUGAAGCGACGGGAUACAGGCAAAGUUAUUAGGCUUCCUUUUAAGCGGUUAUUUCAAGUUCAAUUUAAGAAGAAAAGAAAUUCCAUCCUCAAGACCAGGAAGAGAAGUGGAUUUCCUUGCAGGGAAUAAAUGCAUGGGGAUAUGGCAUCUAGUUCUUGCUACCUGAGCUAGAGAAACCUCACAAUGUGUCUGCCUUGCACUAGCUAAUAGGUAAACAGGCUUAAAGGAAGCUGUUACUGGGUAAAUCUUUGCUGAAAGUGGUGCGUGUAAAUCCCUAGGUGUCCCCAUGAGGUUUUAAUUUAUUUUCAUGAUUAAACGUGUGAUUCCUUUUUUCCUUUUAAUACUUCCUGGAUUCUACUGCAAGUUUCCCAACUCUUUUGCUAACUGAUAGAAGUGCUACUCAUGUGCUAGCUGCAUAUCUUGUGUUAUGUUUCUGGUGGGACAUAGGCACGUAGCCUUACUGGCACCUGGAAGUAUAAUGGUUAACAAAAUAAUUAUAGCAAUUGGCGGCUGCUGAUUUUAUGAUUUAUCAUCUGAAUAAUUUGUGUGCAUCUUAUUCUAUAAUGAAAGAUAAUGAUGAUUUAACAACUAAUGCCUUUUCCCAUUUAAUAGGGGGCAGGUAGGUUGCGGCUCCAUGUCGAUCUAAGCAGUAAGCAUUAUGUCGGACUGUAGCGACAUGCCUUAGUCAUACCUUCAAUGAUAAUGCUUGUACUUUCAUUUGCCAAUGGACUUCCAACCGGGUGGUGAUGGUGGUGGCGUAAGGUUUGGACUCCCUGUCAUGAGAAUG